UCCUCACGAAGACGCACGUUUGGAGUUGGAUCUGUAGCUGCUAAGAAAAGUCCAACCCUUCUUCAGUACUGGUGGUCGCCUGGAGCACACUAGGACGCUUGGGACUAAACUGGAUAUUAUUCCAUAGUGGACUAUAGAAUAGUUUAAAUUCAGCCAUGUUUCCCAGGCGGAUACCACUGAAUCAGAUCGCCUUUGCAACCCUGCUCGGGGUUGGAGGGGGUAUUUAUAUCUACAAACCCGCGUUUGAGAAUUUCAGAAAACCAACAAGUGAACCGUAUGAGCAGGACAUUCGGUCUGGAACUAAAGGACAGGAUGUGGACGAACAAGGAAAUAUUGCCAAACAGGCAACUAGUGCUAUGAACCCAUCAACAGCUGCCAAAUGAAGCCCAUGACUGUUUUCGGAAGUCGCGGGGUGCCUUGGGGUUGCCGUUACUAGAACAUUAGGUCGGUCACAUUAACGUGUAUAUGUACAUAAUAGUUCUGUCCACUUUGUCAGCUUCUGAAUAAAAUAUUUAUUUUAUGA